AUGGCUUCUUCAAAGAAGAAAAUUUCUUACUUCUAUGAUCCGGAAGUCGGAAACUUUUACUAUGGACAGGGACAUCCGAUGAAACCUCACAGAAUGCGCAUGACACAUAACUUACUAUUGCACUAUGGCUUAUAUAAAGAAAUGGAGGUAUUACCAGAGCUCGCUAAUGCUGAAGACAUGACACAAUUCCAUAGCGAUGAAUAUAUUGAAUUUUUACGCAUGAUUACACCAGAUAACCAACAUGAACAUAUGCGCCAACUGAAAAGGUUUAAUGUCGCUGAGGAUUGCCCGGUCUUUGACGGCCUUUUCAACUUCACUCAGAUAUAUACGGGGGGUUCUAUCGGUGGUGCCGUAAGGUUAAAUCACAAGCUGGCAGAUACAGUAAUAAACUGGGCAGGAGGUUUACAUCACGCAAAGAAGGCAGAAGCAAGUGGAUUUUGUUACGUAAAUGACAUCGUGUUAGCGAUUCUUGAGCUACUCAAGGUUCACAGUCGAGUUCUUUACAUCGAUAUUGAUAUCCAUCAUGGUGAUGGUGUUGAGGAAGCAUUCUAUACAACUGACCGUGUAAUGACUGCAUCUUUCCAUAAAUUCGGUGAGUAUUUUCCUGGAACUGGUCACUUACAAGAUGUUGGUCAACAUCAAGGUAAAUAUUAUAGUGUAAACGUACCAUUGAAAGACGGUAUUGAUGAUGAAACUUAUGAUCAUCUCUUUAAACCGAUCAUGGAAAAGAUAAUGGAAGUUUUUGCUCCAGAUGCUAUUGUAUUCCAAUCUGGUGCUGACAGUCUAUCGGGAGACAGGCUAGGAUGUUUUAACUUGUCUAUUCGAGGGCAUGCGGAGUGCUUGAAAUACAUGAGUACGUUCAAUGUACCUCUACUAGUCCUUGGUGGAGGUGGAUACACCAUUCGUAAUGUGGCACGCUGCUGGACGUACGAGACUGGCUGUUUACUAGGCCGUGAACUAGAAGAUGUGCUGCCUGCUAAUGAUUAUAGUGAGUAUUUUGGACCAACAAACACACUUCAUAUAACCCCUAGCAAUAUGGAAAAUCAGAAUACACGUGAAUAUAUCGAUGGCAUACGUGAUCGUAUUCUAGAGAAUCUAUCAAAACUUCCUGCCAGACCAGGUGCACCAUUUUAUCAAGUUCCACCAGACUUGGUGAGUGCACAAACGCAAGACAUGAAUAUAGAGCCAGAUUUGUCAGAAGGGGAAGAUAGAGGAGGAAUCUAUCUAGAUUAUGGUAAGAAUGAAGAUGAUUUUCGUGUUACAAAGAAUGUCUCCGAGCCAGUCGGCACAAAUCCGCAAGGAAAGGAAGACGCAGAGAAAGAUAUGAACGAAAAUAAAGAGAAGUCACAGGAACUCCCGGACAAAGAUGAUAUAUAA